AUGGCGGCCCUGGAGCGGCCCGUGCCCAGUCCCGAGGCGUUCCUGGGCCAGCCCUGGGCCGCCUGGGUGCGGGAGGCCGCCCCCCCGCACGCGCACGGCGCCGCCCCCCCGCACAGUGCAGAUCUGGAAGAGACUGGAAAGGAGGGUGCGAAAAGCAGGGAGGUGAUGAGGCUCAAUAAAGAAGAUAUGCACUUAUUUGGCCAUUAUCCAGCUCAUGAUGAUUUCUAUCUUGUAGUGUGCAAUAUCUGCAAUCAGGUAGUCAAGCCACAGGUUUUCCAGUCGCACUGCGAACGAAGACACGGUUCAAUGUGCAAACCUUCCCCUUCUCCAGCUUCUCCAGCUUGCAAUUCCAGGACAUCCCUAGUACAGAUGAAACCGAAAUCCUGCAUCAGCGGCCAUAACCCUGUCAGCAGCAACUCAAAGCCAUUCAAAACGCCCAAAGACAAUCUACUUACCUCCAGUAGCAAACAGCACACAGUCUUUCCUUCAAAAGUUUCGAGGGAUAAACCAUGUGUUCCUGUUCCAGUAGUCAGUCUAGAGAAAAUUCCUAACCUAGUGAAGGCAGAUGGUGCCAAUGUUAAAAUGAAUUCUGCAACCACUACCACCAUCACCUCCUCCUCAGCCUCUUCAUCCACCAUACCUGCUCCAACCUUGGUUAAAUCUGGUUUGACAUCCAAGUCAGUGCCGCCGUCGCCAGAAAAGAUUCUGAAUGGCAAAGGAAUUAUUGCUCCAUCAAUAGACAAGAAACACCAAAAUGGCACUAAAAGCAGUAACAAGCCUUACAAAAGACUUUCAGAAAGAGAAUUUGACCCAAAUAAACACUGUGGAGUUCUGGAUCCUGAAACAAAGAAACCUUGCACAAGAUCGCUCACCUGCAAGACUCAUUCACUUAAUCAUCGACGAGCAGUUCCAGGCCGUAAAAAACAGUUUGACAUCCUUCUAGCUGAACACAAAGCUCGAUCCAGGGAAAAAGAAGUUGCAAAAGACAAAGAGCAUCCACCAUCGGCAAGGGAAAGCUAUCAGAGCCAGCCCACACCAGCACAAGACUCUCUGUCAGGAUCUUCCAUGAACUCUGGGCAAGAAUCUAAAGUAACAUCUCCUGCAAAAUCUAGACCACCAAAUUCUGUACUUCCAAGACCAUCAUCUGCCAAUAGCAUAAACAGCAACAGUUCUUCAAACCACAGUGGGUACGUACCAGAACUGCCACUGCCUUCCAUGGGAGGAGAUUUAACAAGUAGAUUGUCCAGUGAUGAAGGAGAAGUGGACGGAGCUGAAGAAUCUGAGAAAUUAGACUGUCAUUUUUCUGGACACCAUCCCAGACCUCUCGGGUUCUGUUCGUAUGGUAGUCGCUUAAUGGGAAGAGGAUACUAUGUCUUUGACAGAAGAUGGGACCAUUUUCGAUUCGCACUGAACUCCAUGGUAGAAAAACACUUGAAUUCACAGAUGUGGAAGAAGAUCCCUCCUGCGGCAGACAGCCCCAUGCCUUCUCCAGCAGCUCACGUCUCCACUCCCUUUCCAGCGUCCGUCUUGCAACCUUUCAGCAACCCCAGCGCAGUCUAUAUUCCUUCAACGCCUAUCAGCUCAAGAAUCACUUCUUCCUACAUAAUGACAUCAGCCAUGUUAUCAAAUGCAGCCUUUGUGACAACGUCAGAUACGAAUUCUAUUGUGUCACACACUACAGCUUUUCCUCACGUGGCUGCAAGCCUAAGUAUCAUGGACUCGACCUUCAAGGCGCCAUCAGCUGUGUCACCAGUGCCAGCAGUCAUCCCUUCCCCAUCCCACAAGCCAUCCAAAACAAAAACCAGCAAAUCCUCAAAAGUAAAAGACUUGUCAUCUCGUAGCGACGAGUCUUCAAGUAACAAAAAGAAAAAGCCGCAGUCAUCAUCGUCGUCCUCGUUAUCUUUGCAGACAUCUUCCUCGUCUUCAUUUUCAGGGUCCCACAAAAAGAACUGUGUCCUGAACACCAGUUCGACUUUGAACUCCUAUCAGGCUACAUCUUCCUAUAACAGCAUGUCUGUGCACAAUACAAACAAUGGAACAAGCCCACUCAGUGCCAAAUUGGAGCCCUCAGGACGGACUUCAUUAUCAAGUAGUUCAACAGACUCAGUGAAACACAUGAGCAUGGUAGUAAGCAGUAUUGACUCUUCUAAUCUGUCUGUACCUUCUCUCGUGCACCACUCAGGGGACCACUCCCUGGGAGCACAUAAUGCAGUGUCUUCUCUACCCCUUUCUUUCGACAAAUCAGAAGGAAAAAAACGUAAAAACUCUAGUUCUAGUAGCAAAGCCUGUAAAAUCACUAAAAUGCCUGGUAUGAAUAGUGUUCAUAGAAAGAGCACUGCCAACCUUAUUUCUGCGGUGCCAGACCCAACAAGCAGCUCCAUCUCUCGGCAGAUUGGAAAAAAUAGCAGUGUAGCUUUGUCACAAUCCAGUCCUUCGAGUACAUCAAACCCAGUACACAACAGACAAAAGACAUCAAACCGGACUGGUAGAAUAAGGACUCUUCCAUAACACGGAACAGGAACCAGCCUAUAAUCUCUAGCUCUCAGCAGCCCUACUCCACAGGGUUUUUCUUUUUCUAUGACCUGCAGAUGGAUUUAACCUUUUAUGAAUUUGUGGUUUUAAAGAGAAUCAAAUUUACAGAAAACUGUAAUAGUGAUUUGUUCAGUUUUUCACUUGUAUUUGCCACUGAUCUGUGCGUUCUGCUUGGUUAUGUUUCAUGCCUUUUCAAGCUGUUAGCGUUGCAAUGCUCCCCUUGUUUCCUUACCAGAAUGCGGUGGACAUUCCAAAAACAAAGCAAAACAAAACGAUCACGAUUUGAAUUUGUUUAAAGGAUCUCCAAAUUUUUAUCAUAGAGCAAAAAUUGCAGUAAUUCUGUAUUUCAGCUUGUCCCACGGAUAAAUAUAGAGUGCAUUUCUUGGUGACUCGCAAACAGCUGGGGCACUGCAGCCUUAGGGACUAACCCUGCCUGGUGCUCUCUACCUACAGCAUUUAAUGAUUUCAGUGGGAACUCUGAGCCUUCGGCAUCUUCCGGGAUCGAUCGAAGCGCGGAGGAUUUUUGCACCCAACUGUAAUGGAUGUUAUCAAAGGCUCAACACGCGAAAUCCCCUCGGAGGAAUUCUAGACCCUUAAGAUAACAGAACUUGAUAACUUCAGUAAACGGUUUGGGUGCGCGAGGACAGGCGUUGAGCAGAUUGGCUUGCGUUAAUAGAAUUGCACUGACAGUGUUUCUUAUAGGAUUACCGCAUCAUUUUGUAAUAAAAUGCAGAUUUUCUAAUCAGGAAGCCAAUGCUGGGUAUGAACAAUGAAACAGUAGUACAGAGGAUUUGAUUUUUAUUUCUACAGUGUUAAAAGUGCACUUAUAUGCUGGUUUAUUUACAUCUUGGGGAGAGGCGAGAGACUGCAAAUAGGGAGAUUAUUACUACUUUCUUUUUUAAAAAAAGAAGGCUUAAGGUAAAUUUUAAGACUAAAAAUGUUUAAGCAAUUCUAAGCGAGGCUAGGCCCUUUGAGAAAAAAAGUUUAGAAAUAUUCUUAAAAUAAAUUUUUAUAGUGUUAAUUUUGUAAUAAUUUAUGUUUUGCUAUACUUCAGAGCUAACUGACCGUAUAGUUUCAGAAGCAGUGUGAAACUUAGGAAAGUUGAAGCAAUGUUUAUAUUUUUAAGAUGUUCUUUGAAUUAUGUUUUUAUUGUACAUUUCUUCAGACUGAAAAAAACGUGUACAUAUCUUUGUUAUUUUUGCACAAUUUUUGUCUCGUUCAGUUUUAGGAGCAGUGCUAUGUUGAUUAUUUUUUUUUGUUUUGUUUUGUUUUAAUUUAUUUCGAGUUCUAAAAUUGCAGGAGUUUCUCAAUCUCAGUAACAAAGUCAUCGUCUGUAAUCAGCGAGCGGCUGUUUGUGGUUGUGGAGGCAGAGGGUGGUGGUGAGGUGCAGCGCUCAGCAGCAGGCAGGCAGUGCUGUGCUGCUGGGCGGGGGCUUUGAGCUCCUUGUGCGCCUCUUGGAACUGGGAAGCUGGAAUAUGGAGCCUGUCCUUUGAAUGCUGCUUAAUUGUUUUGUUUCAACCAGCUCACAGCUGACAACACUGGGGAACGUUAAGCACCAAGUAAAACCCCACAGUCUUUCAUCGUCAAAUAACCAUUAUUUAAUUACAAGUAUCGAGAAUUUCAGCCUGAAAAGCGAAAUGGAAGCAAACGUUUGAAUAAAAUGGAUAUAAACUGGACCAGCCUAUAAUGCAUUCUUAGUGUAGCAUUCACUCGGUAGUUCUUUUUCGUUACCCUUUGCCUGAAAAUUGUGAUUUGUUUCCAGCAAUAGAGGCUCAGAAGCUUUGGUUGUUACACAUACGCAAUGCAUAGGCCCGUCAGCCAUAAAAAAAAAGCGACUUGGAUAACUUGUAUGCCUUCUUUUGUAUCGAUGUAACAAUUGUAAAUAGUGCUGAUCGACCUUUGUAGAGAAUAGUUUAUACAGCAUAUUCUAUUAUUGCUGAUUCUCAGUGAACUAUUGUUUUAAAAAAAAAGAAGAAAAAAAGAAAUUUUUCUAUUUACACCUUAUAUUUUGUUAUGCUGUCGACCCAUGGCACUUUAACAAAACUCUGUGGGUUUUGCAUAGCUGGUCAGUCAUGGGGUAUAUUAAAUAAAUAACUGUUGUUGCACAGAAAUGAAUUUGCACCUGCUAUAUUGUGCUUUCCUACUACAGAUUUUAGAACCUUUUCCAGAACACUUUUGAAGAAAGCAUGUCCAAUCAUUCUGAGAAAGAAACGCCAUACUUGUACAGCCAAUUUCUUUUCUACAACCCAUAUUUUGUAACACUAAGUAUUUUCAUUCUUUGUCCUGCACCUUUAUGUAUUAGCAGUAUCAGAUAGAAUCCAUUCCAUGCUUGUGAUAAUUGUAAGCGGAAUCAAUGUCUAAAGUAGGUGUAAAUAGUAAAUUCUAUGGCUUACAGUUUAAAAAAGGAAAACCAGAACAAACAUGUAUCUGAUUGAUACUGCCAUGGUUCAGCACCGGGCCUGGAGAUAUUCUCUAGUGAGCGAUUGUAUUUUUGUUUUUGUUUUGUUUUGUUUUUGUUUUUGCUUUAUUAUUAUUAUUAAUUUUAUUAUCUUUUUUUUUUUUUUUUUUUUUUUGUAACAUGGCUUUGUAAAUAAAAUAAUUUAUAUGUUUGUAAGAAACA